AUGGCGAAACAACCUUCUUUCGAAGGACAGCUAGAUGUCUCCGGCUGCCAAGCCGCUUUAUAUGAAUGGGCUGAGAGUUACGACACAAAAGAUUGGGAACGUCUUUCGAAAAUAGUCGCCCCUGUUCUUCGUAUCGACUACCGGUCUUUCCUCAAUAUGCUCUGGGAAGCCAUGCCUGCAGAACAAUUCAUAGCCAUGGCUUCCGAUCAGAAAGUUCUUGGGAACAAGCGUCUCAAGACGCAACAUUUUGUCGGCGCAACCAAAUGGGUGCAAACAAGCGAAAAUGAAAUCACCGGAUAUCAUCAGAUGCGGGUGGCCCACCAAAGAUACAAAGAUGAUGAACUGAAGGAAGUCGAGAUUAAAGGACACGCCCACGGCAAGGGUACAAUGUGGUAUCGCAAGGUAGGUGGGGUUUGGAAGUUUGCUGGAAUUGAGCCUGAUAUUCGGUGGGGAGAAUACGACCAUGAUAAGAUUUUCGAAGCACAUGAAUAG